UUAAAUGAGUCUAUGACUAAAAUUGUUGAUAAGCAGAAGUUCAAGUAUCAGUGGGGAGCAGAGUUUGGGACAGUGUGAAGUGUGGGUCCCUUACCUUUCACCCCAGUCCGGUAGGUAUGCUGAACGUAUUUCAGGCCCGACACAAUAUCCCUGUUCACCUGUAGGUGGGAAGGAUCCAAGCAAUUCAGAUUAGAAGCAGCCUUUCAUUUUCCCUUACCCUUCAUGCUUAUCCUAUCUAGCUGAGUCUCCUUUGAGUUCUUCUUUGAGGAUGAAAGAAGGUUAAGAUUUAAUUCAGAAUAAGUAUUAUCAUUUAGUGUGGGUGGCGAGGCAGAGAUUAGAAAGAGGAGAUCGUAAGAUUCAACAUUGCCAACCUGGUUUUAAUCAUCGAAUACUGUGCUGUUUGGUUGGGGGCGGUGCUACUUAAGUAAAACAUUGUCUCAAUGUUCUUCAUUACAUUUCUCCUUCCUCUAAAGGUCCAAAGAAUGGUCUUGAGCUCCCCCUGCCUGAAACUAUUGGCCAAAGACAGUCCUUGUCUUAGGAAAGGCUACAAAGGUACCAAUGGAAAUUGUUAUGUGAGGACCUGAAAACCCUAACCUCAGAAAUGAUCCACCUACCAUGAAAAACAAACAACAAGGAGAAAAGCUGUCAUGGAAAAUCAAUCAGGUCUAGAAGAGGGUUGUGCCCGUUAUGUCGCUGAGAUUGGAGUCUAAAGAUGAGGAGUUUCUGCCCCACAGAAACAUCCUCCCCGCAUAAAAAUAAUGGGCGAAAUCCACUUGUGUCUGGCAAGCACUGUGGAUGUCUCUUCUUUUCAGAUGUUGUCUGAGAUGUCACCACUUCCCCAAGCCUUUCAAAGCAAGGUCACUAAAGCAGGAUGAAAAUAUACACAGCCCAAGCACUUUGUUUUUCCAUGAUUCAUUUUGCCUAGGCCUGACCUGCGUUGUCCAUUCGUUUUAUACAGGGCUCGUGUUUAUACAAACAAAGCGAACGUUGCGUCAGUAGUUGGACAGCCUGCUGAAUUGUUCGCCAAGAUGAAGAAUGAAAGCAUCUUCACAUAAUUUCGCCCCAUGGUAAUUAUGGCUGCCUUUUUGUUUUGGACAGAGUGAUUAAACCCAUUUAUCAGUGUGACAUUCUGCUGUGUGGGUGACGAGGAGUCACAGCUGUGAACACCAUCAGCUUAGGUUUCAGACUGUCACUCAGUAAAAUCCAUGGUAUGGAUCUAUCAAAAGCAGACAGAAUGCAAACAGCCUCACUGAAGAAAUUGUGUGAAAAUGACACCCGAACUUUCUGAUUACUCUGCCAGAUGUGGCUCAUGCAAGUAGAAAAAAGUGAAUGCCUUCUUCUGGAAGUCUCUAAGCUCGUCCUUUGGGCCUCGUGGGAGAUGUGGUCUGGUGGCAAAAAGUCUGAAAAACGGGAAUGGAAAUGAAUCCUCCAGCUCCAGAUGACUGUAGUCCCAGCAGCCUAUCACCUCAUGAAAGACGGAGCAGGAACCACACAGCUACACUACUCCUGAACAGACCCUCAGAAACCGUGGGAUAUAACAGAUGUUCACUGUUAGGAGCUGCCAAUUUCGAGGAACCUGAAAGAGAACCAUCAGACACCCAGGGACAUCAGAAUGAGUGACAAUGCUACUUUGGUUCCUCCAGCUUCAAAGCAGGGUCCCACUACCCCACGCAAGGGGCCCCCCAAGUUCAAGCAGAGACAGACUCGCCAAUUCAAGAGCAAGCCUCCUAAGAAAGGUGUGAAAGGGUUUGGAGAUGACAUUCCAGGCAUGGAGGGGCUAGGAACAGAUAUCACGGUGAUUUGUCCCUGGGAGGCAUUCAGCCACCUGGAAUUGCAUGAGCUUGCUCAAUUUGGGAUCAUCUGAUGCACCAGAGGUUCUGCCAUCAACAGCAUCUGCUGGAAUUUUGACUACUUUUGCCCUAUUGAUCUGCCAGAGUCUUGAAAUUCAGCACCGUUCGGUAGUGGUUUCUUCAGCUUACAGUUUCUUCAGCUUACACAGUCGUUUCCCUAAAUUGCUACAAAGAGUUCUCUUAGUGUCAGACUCUCUCUUGCCAUACAGUUCAGCUUGGAAUAGUGGAUGCAAAUUGACUUUUGUUAGGGCAUUUCAAACUUGACCACCUUUUCCUAUCAGCUGGUUAGAAUUCAUUGAUAGUUCUCUGAAUUUUGUUUGUUAAGUCCUUCAAAUCUGUUUGUAGUAGGCAUUCCCUGUAAUUAGUAGUAGCUUUUUAAGAUGACAUUUAUGUCACUCCCUUCCCUUUCUCAUUUAAUAAAGGAGAUACUUACCUUGA